AUGGAGUCCUUGAACAUGUCGAAGCUUAACUUAUCGAGUGUCAGGAGCCACACCUCUAACGAUACUGUGAUAAAACCUGAGAUUUCCGAGGUGAAACUGGAAACAAAUCUGCUUACGGAUCCUGAUGAUGAGUACCAUUGCGAAUAUAAGGAAGAUAUCUGGAAAAAUUUGUUGGAACAAGAGUCCCAGAAGCCGAUUAUUCAUUUACAAUCCCCACAAUUGGAGUUCCGUGGUGCGCUGGUCCAGCAGUUGCGCGACGUGACCAAGAAACUGGGGCUCACAUUAGCCACGCUACAUUCGGCCGUGGCACAGCUAGACCUGUUCAUGGAUGCCCACAGACUGAGGUCGGAUCGUCUGACGCACGUUGCCCUGGCUUGCCUUAGUUUAGCAGCUAAGAGUGAAGAGAAGUUCAGUCGAGCACCUACACUGAAAACUCUCUCCAAGAUCAGCGGUGUCCAGCUCUGCGGGAAGACCUUUAGACAGUUAGAGUGGAUGGUGGGCCAGCACGUUAGAUGGAGGCUGUUGGCGCCAACGCCAGUGACCUUUGCAGCGCUUCUAGCGCAGUACGUUAUCACAGACGGCGACCUGACCACUAGACACCCAAAGUUUGUGAGGCGCUUCAAGCGAGAUGGUGCCAAGCUCCUGGAAGCAUAUUUGGACUUGACCCUGUCUGAUGUUCGUCUGAAAGUUGUGGAGUCCGUGGACGUUGGCUGUGCUUGUGUGGCCUGCGCUCGUGCUGAUCUUGGCUUGUGCGCUUGGCCCAGCUGGUUGGCAGCGGUGUCAGGGAGGAAACCCACCAGUGUAGCCCCAAUCGCUCGUCUGCUGCAGAGGAUGAUGCAGAUACUCAAGUCGCGCGAUGGCAACACCGACUCCGAGGUCGAUCAAGGCUACGGCAGCGCUAGGACCUCGCCGAAUCUCACUCCGUGCAACUCCCCACGGUACCAAGUGUCGCCGGCUUCAAGCAGUUGCAGCACUUCAAGCUACCUGGACGCGUACAGGCAGCGGCCAAUAGCCGACAGGCGGUUGGAGGACGCCUACUCUGUGCUGGACCUCUCGGAGACAGGACCAGCGACAGUUGACGUCCAGGACUACUACAGGCUACCAUCGGCUGUGGACGUGGCCUGCCAGCGAGUGAAUAACCCAGCGGAUUACAGGUAUUGCCGGUCCGCAAGGUUGGUGGAAGCGAGCCUGGACUCUGUGCACUAUCCACCAUCCAGUGUUGCACUGAAACGUGGACCCGACACCAACGUUGAGAUGGAGAGGAAACGCUACCGUCUGGCAUCGCAGAUGUCUCAGGUAGUCCUC